UUUUGUUCUUUAGGUGUGAAAGCUCGUCAUUUGGAAGUUGGGGUGAAUGGCGUCGCGAUAAAACAACAGAACACGAUGGUUUAUUUUUGUAUGUGAUGGUGUUCUAAUCUGGACCGGAACAAAGAGUCACCGCCGCGGACCGUGGUAACCAAGGUUACGGACUACUGACUUUGACAGAAACCGGAAGUAUUCAAAAUGAAGCAGCAGACACCAGAAAACGUGAAAAAUGAUAUUAUCCUAUUGUUUCUUUAAAACGGACAUUUCCUGUCUUGCACUGUAUAACCAGCCCACUUACAUGAUAUAACAAUGCUGACUUUAUUUUGUGGAAACAUUUUAAGAAACUCUUCUCUCCACAUAUAUCGGACUCGAAACUUUAGUCUCUGUAAACAAAUCUUCAGUCCCGUGAAGAAAACUCGUCUGGUACAUUCUCCCGUCAACUUUCAAAGAUCCUCAGCCCAAUGGAGAGUCUAUUCAAAUACAAGUUUUGUUUUAUGUGGCAACACACGGACCAUGUGUGUCCUGACAGGUCCUGCCCCGACCCAAGGGGGGCGCUAUUUCCACACCUCGGCCCCUAAAAGAGCUCUGCCUGCCGCCCUCAUAUGGAUGGUCCUCAAACCCCUACAGAAACUGAUUGCUAUACUUCUAGGCAGGAGCAUAAGGAAAUGGUGGGCGUCUCUACCACACAGCCGCCGACUGCUGCUGCGCGAAUGGGCCCUGGGGCACCGCUGGCAUCUUGCGGCAGGGGGAGUUGUUACUUUGCUAAUUGUAGCCCUUCUCCUCCUAACCCACCUAGAAGAGUCUCCAGUGACGGGACGAGUCCGACUGCUGGUGUUCAGCAGGGAGAAGUACUUGGAGCUGGCAGCUCUGACGUCAGAGGCACACAUGGAGGAGUUUGCAGAGCAUCUUCUCCCAGUUACUCACCAUCUUCACCAGUUGGUGGAGCGAUCGGUUGAGCUCCUGGUACAAAAGAACAAGGACAUCGUUGAAGUGUCUCGAGUCCCCUGGAGUGUCCAUGUGGUGGAAAGUCCCCAAAUCAAUGCUUUUGUCCUGCCAAAUGGGAAAGUGUUCAUGUUUACAGGGAUGUUGGCGUCUAUAGAAGAUGUUGACCAGCUUAUGAUUGUCCUUGGACAUGAAAUGGCACAUGCCAUACUGGAACACUCUGCAGAACAGGCCAGCCUGUCUCAUGUAGUGGACCUCCUGUCUCUCAUUUUGGUCACAGCCAUCUGGGCCUUGUGUCCUGGAGACAGCAUGGCUUUACUAGGAGGAUGGGCAAAGGACAAGCUCACAGAGCUGCUGUUCAGUCAUCCCUACAGUCGGAAACUGGAAGCUGAGGCAGAUCAAGUGGGACUGCAGUUAGCUGCCAAGGCCUGUGCAGAUGUGCGAGCAGGCCCCGUGUUCUGGCAGCAGAUGGAACUCGCAGACCGGCUUACAGGAGAACCCACUUUACCUGAGUGGCUGUCCACACACCCAACACACAGAAACAGAUCCAGUCAGAUGGACCGUCUCGUUCCACAGGCCCUGGAGUUGAGGGAAAGUUGUGCAUGUCCCGCCCUGCCACUUGUUGACCCUCGAGCUGUCUUCGCUGAGACCGCCCGUGUGUUGCUGCAAAAGGCUAAAGAGCACGAGGAAGGAGGGCCCGAGGGGGCCCGCCACCUGCAACCUGCCUCAGUCCCUGCAGGACCACCUGCUCUACAGAAUGUGCUCCCGUCUUCUUCAGGAGUGGAACAAUUAAACAAGAGCUGGGCUGUAGCUUCAAAGACAGCUGUAGAGUCUCCUGCCACUGCUGCUCGAGAAAAAUCCCAGGAUGUUCUGCAGAACAACAGUCAGCAAGGAGGUUAAAUCAUCAAAAACACUGAUCAGUUAUAACCAACUAUAUUUUAACUAAAGCCCAAAAUCUGUUGUUUUAUGUCCUCUAUCAAGGCUGUGCAGGGGCAAACAGAUAAAGACCACCUUCAGCAUUGCACAUGACUCUUGUCUGUCAAGAUGACACUUCAGAUUUUGACAGCAUGGUCAGGUCAUGUUAAAAGAUCAUAAUAAAUUAAUAGAAGUUUGGGUAAAAAGUCAGAAGUAUGCAAUUGUGAAUGCUACCCAUGUCUAGUGACCACAAUGAUGCCACUUUAAUUAGAUAACCUUGAGCAGGAAGAUGCUGAAUUAAUUAGUAAAACUUCCAUACUUUGCAAGAUUAAUAUGUGCAUUAUUCAUUGACACACAGCAACAGAGAAGAAUCACUUGUGUGUGUGCACGUUAGAGGCCAUGUGAGGAGGACAUCAACCUUCUCCUUGUGACUGAAGCAUUCUCAUGCAGCACACAUGUCAUGCACUUUAUGCAUUUUUCUAGCCGGAGGGACUUAAUGUUGCAAAUUGAUGCUGGGUUGUUUAAAGAUGCAACACUUUUACACAAGAAUGUCAAUAUCAAGCAAGAUUAGUUUUUUUUUUUCAUGGGAUAUAAAAAAUACUGAACAAGUGGAGAGAGGAAAACAUUGAUAUUUUCAGCAUCAGCCUGUGGGAGCAGUCACACACGG